AUGUCUACAUCAACAACACCCCCCCUUCCCCACGAUCCCAAGCCCCACGUCCCCUACCUCACAUCGUACGACUCCCUCCCCGUCUCUCUCCCCGCCGACUUUCUCACCUCCGCGCCGCCCAAGACCGUCACAGCGUCCCCCAUAGACUGGCCCUCGACCCCGCUCCCCGAAUGGCAGGGCCGCCACGCCACGGUCCUCGACAACGUCCUCACGCCCCAGGAGUGUGCGCUUCUCCUGGCCCUCGCCGAGCGCAGCGCCACGGACCAGUCCCGCCCCUGGCAACCGGCCAUGGUCAACAUUGGCGCCGGCCGCGAGGUCCUGGAACCCGAAUACCGGAACAGCGACCGCAUCGUCUGGGACGAGGACGAGGUCGUGCGUCGGCUCUGGGCGAGGGUCAGGCUCGCGCGGCACGCCGACGGCGCGCCAUUCUUCGCCGACGAGGGGCCCCUGGCGUGGGCGUCGGGGGAUGCCGUGGACGGCGGGUGGCGGUUCUGGGGGCUCAAUCGCAGGAUGAGGUUCCUGAAAUACGGGCCCGGGCAGUUCUUCCGACCACACUGCGAUGGGACGUACGAGGAGGCCUCGGGGGGACGGUAUCUGCGGACGUAUUACACGGUGCACUUUUACCUCAACGACUCGGUGCAGGCUGUUGGCGAUAACGCCGGAGCGGAUCUCAAGGGCGGCGCGACAUGUUUCCUUUCGUACGACGAGAAGAGGAGGCUCGAUGUCGACCCCAAGGCGGGGCGGGCGCUCAUUUUUCAGCACCCGCGGAUGUACCAUGCGGGCGACGACGUUUUGGCGGGCACAAAGUACACGAUGCGGACAGAGAUGAUGUAUGAGCUGGUAGACGGGGUCGCAAAGGACAAAGAUGAUGCGGAGCUGGCUUGA